GCCCCGGACCUGGGCCUCACUGCCCCCAGCCCUUACUGCGGGCUCGUGGGGCACCCCGGGGGAGCGUUCACCCGUGGAAUAGUCACGGGCCUGCUGUGCGCCCGGAGUUGUGUUCGCAACGGGGUGUGGAGGUGGCAAAACGACGGGGGCCAUGUCCUCCCUCAGCGAGCGCACGAACAGGGAUGGGGGACAGCGACAGGAACCUGGAAUCACAGAGCUGGGCGGCAGGACGCAAUGGGAUCGCGAAGCCGGGCGGCCAGCCUUAUUAUGUGGGCUGCCUACCGAGACUUCACAGGAGAAAUGGGGUCUGGUCCUGGUGGCCCUGAAGGACAAGUGCAAGGCUGGGGAGAUGGGGGAGCAGGGCACAGGGACUUGUGCGUAGGGAGCUACGGGGAUGGAGUCAAUGGAUGUUCAGGGUGGAAGAGAAAGGGGUCCAGGAGGCCGGUAAUGAACAGCCAGAGAAGGAGAGAACCCCGACGGGUGUGGGGGAAGCCGAGGGAAGGCAGGGAUUCUGGAAGGAGCGGCUAAGAACCCUGUCAGGUGCUGGCCAGGAUAUAGAAACUGGGAUAGGCUCAGGACAUUUGGCAACCACGUGACAGGAGAUGGUUCUGUGGAGGCUGGAGUGAGGAAGUGGAGACUCCUCUGCAGACAAUCUUUUCUAGAAAUUCUACAAUUGCAGUGAGAGAGUAGAAGCAGGAGAGAAUUUGGAAUGAGGGUGAAAAGAGCUUUAAAGACGGGCAUUAGCACAAUGUGUACUUAAAACACAGGCUCUCAGUUCAAGAGUUCCCAUUCACUGGCUGUGAGACCUUGGGCAAUCACUUAACCUCCCUGUGCCUCAGUUCCUCAUCUGUAAAGUAGGGAUGACAAUAACAGUACCUGUUUCCUAGGGCUCAUGUGAGGAUUAGACGAGAUGGUACCUGUACUUAACACGGCAGCCAAACACAGAACUAAAAAAGUAGUACCUGUUCUUUUUCAUUUUUAUUAUUAGAGCAGCUUCAGCAUAUUUGGGGUUAAUGGGAAGGAGCUGGUAGAGAAGGAGUCCUCCUGAAGGCAGCGGAGAGAGAAAGGGACCCAGAACUGGGACAGGGAGAUAAGUCAUGGGUGCCUUUUCCAUCCCUCAUGGAGGGGAGGAAGGAAUGGGUGGGGAUGUAGGGAAGUUUGCAUGGUUGGGAUGUACAGUUAAAGAAGUGUGUUUCUCAUAGUUUUUAUGUUCUCUGAAGUAGGCGUUGGCGUCGUUUGCUGAUAGUGCCAGGCCAGGGCUGGCCCAGGUGAAGGUGGAGGCCCUGAUUGACAUAUUACCAGUAGGGUGCCCUGCCCUCAUUGCAGCCAGAGGAGUAACUAAGGUAUGCCAGAUAGGGCGCACGUCCUGGGCACCACUUGAGGAGGUGCGCUAACAAGCAGUUUCUGUUGGCCAUCACCGUUUCCAUCGCCAGCUGUAAGAUCAUUCACCAAUUUAAAACUAAUUGCCAUAUGCACUAAUUCCCGUAGACAUGCCCCUGCUGGCAGCUCAGGUAUCCAGGGAAGGUGGGCAGUUGAAUUUUUCCAGUGCCAGGGACAACAUCCAACCUGCUCUACCCACCUGUGAAGCUCAAGUAAAGUCGAUGGAUUUGAAAACAUUAGGUAAAUAUGAUUUAACAUUUUAAUUCUCUCUGCUCAUUUUGUAGAGCUAGAAGGGGAGCGGCCAUCACCUGAGGACAAUGUCAGACCCUUUGGAGCACUUCGUUUGGGCAACACACUAUGCCACGCUUUCACCCAAGAUCUCAUUUAGUCAUCACAACAAUCGGGUGAAGUAGAUGGGAUAACUGAGACUUACUGUGAGGAAUUGACUUUUACCUGAGUCUGCUCAGCCUCUUUGGACCAUGCAGAGCUAAAGCUCCUGGGACUUGAAUCUUUGGACCCGCUUCCAUGACCUCGGGGACUUCCACCAGGGAGGUGAGCCCCCACCAGGGAAUUCUAAACUACUUGGGGGCCCCAGGGAACAUAGACCAAUCACCAGCUGUGUUUCUUUCUGCCGAGGUGCCCCAGGGAUCCUUGUCGGAGGAAGCCAGCAGCAGCCUGUGGUUCUCAGACAGGGGAACUCUAACUGUGGUUCCUGAAAGUCUAUGACACAGUUCUUUUUUCUCUCUGACUUGCUCUGUUGCUCUUUCUCACUCUAAAGAAUGGCUGGACACUCCUGAAGCCUCUAGUCACCAUCCAGGGGAUUUUUUUCACCGUGAAGGGUAAUUCCUGCCCCAUCCCUGAUGUGACUCAGCUGUGACGUUGAACUAUACAAGCCAGAGAAAAGACGAUAAAGUCAUCAGAGACUCCCUGUUCACCAGAGAGGGUGGCCCAGGCCCGAACCUACCUCUUCUCUCAUCACAUUCGCCAGUGAGCUGGUCCCUGCUCUGGAGGAGCUUAGACGAGCCCUCUAGCCAGCCUAGGAACCUGGGAUGGCCUCCGGCUCAGCCAGCAGCCCCCGCCCGGCCCCUGAUGAGAACGAGUUUCCCUUUGGGUGCCCCCCCACCGUCUGCCAGGAUCCAUCAGAGCCCAGGGCCCUCUGCUGCGCCACUUGUCUCUCAGAGAACAUCAGGAACAGCGAAGAUCAAAGCUGCCCUAAGUGCAGAGGGGACGACCCCCACUCUGGAAGCCCAGGAAACCUUCUGUCUCAGGAGAAGGACCACCCUGAUGUGGCUGAGGCUAGAGUUGGGUGCCCCUUUGCAGGCGUCGGCUGCUCAUUCAAGGGGAGCUCAAAGUCUGUACAGGAGCAUGAAGCCACCUCCCAGGCCUCCCACCUAAACCUGCUGUUGGGUUUCGUGAAACAGUGGAAGGCCCAGCUGGGCUCUACACAGGAGUCUGGACCCAUGGCCCUGGAGCAGAACCUGUCAGACUUGCAGCUGAAGGCAGCUGUGGAGGUGGCCGGCAACCUGGAGGUGGACUGCUACCGGGCACCCUGCUCCGAGGGCCAGGAGGAGCUGGCCCUGCAGCACUUCAUGAAGGAGAAGCUCCUAGCUGAGCUGGAGGAGAAGCUACGUGUGUUUGAGAACAUUGUCGCCGUCCUCAACAAGGAGGUGGAGGCCUCCCACCUGGCCCUGGCUGCCUCCAUCCACCAGAGUCAGCUGGACUGUGACCGCAUCCUGAGCUUGGAGCAGAGGGCUUCCCUGCAGGUGGUGGAGUUGCAGCAGACCCUAGCCCAGAAAGACCAGGCCUUGGGCAAGCUGGAGCAGAGUCUCCACCUCAUGGAGGAGGCCUCCUUCGACGGCACCUUCCUGUGGAAGAUCACCAAUGUCACCCGGCGGUGCCAUGAGUCAGCCUGUGGCAAGACCAUCAGCCUCUUCUCCCCAGUUCCCUCAUCUGCUUUUUCCAGCUGUCUCUGUGCUGACUCUAGCUUCCACAUUUCAGCUUUCUACACUGCCAAGUACGGCUAUAAGUUGUGUUUGCGGCUGUACCUGAAUGGGGACGGGACAGGAAAGAGGACCCACCUGUCGCUCUUCAUCGUCAUCAUGAGGGGGGAGUACGAUGCCCUGCUGCCCUGGCCUUUCCGGAACAAGGUCACCUUCAUGCUGCUCGACCAGAACAACCGUGAGCAUGCCAUUGAUGCGUUCCGGCCUGACCUUACCUCAGCAUCCUUCCAGCGGCCCCAGAGUGAAACCAACGUGGCCAGUGGCUGCCCGCUCUUCUUCCCCCUCAGCAGACUGCAGUCUCCCAAGCAUGCCUAUGUGAAGGACGACACCAUGUUCCUCAAGUGCAUUGUGGAGACCAGUGCUUAGGUUGGGGAAGGCCAAGCGAGCCACGCCUGGCUCCUGAGGGAGCACCAGCUUAGACAAGAUGACUCUGAGGUCCUGCCCCUGCAACCCACCCUCGAAGGGCACAAGGAUGGACUGGGGCUAGUGUGAUCCGGGUAGACUGACAGGACUGUGGCUGGCUAUGAUCUCAGGAUGGCAGCACCUUGGGCUGGCUCCACAAAGGCAAAGGGUCUAGAAGGAGGCAAUAGCAGAAUUGCUCCCUCUGCACCAACCACACCACACUAGGAGGGCUGGGAGCCACUGCAGCCUGAGUGUUGAGAUGGACUUCUACAAAGAUGGGGAGAGAACAGGGGGCCAGACUGCGGUGUGGAUGGUCAGCUAGAGGUAUAGGACCUGAGCCAAGAAGCUCUCAGGAUGGGAAGGGGUCUCUUCAGGGCCCCCAUAGAGAACUGGAAACACACCUGUUCCCUUCCUGCCUGAGAGCAGAACUAGGACCAGGGGGUGGAAGGAGCAGGGCUGCCAGGCCUGGAAUGAGCUUACCAUCACUGAACAAGCAAAGCCAGAUGGCUACCCUGGAGGGUGAGACAUCAAAUUGGGGGUUGUAUUGGGAACCCUUUAGGGUCCCUUCCAGCCUAGAAAGUCUGCGAUUCUAGUGCUCCUGGCCCAGGUGAAGCCCAGGGCUGCAGGGGGCCUGGAAACAUUCAGGAUCCUCAUACCUUCCUGGCUCCUCACUUGCCUUCAGCCCCGCCAGAUGGGCUGAGCUGGCCAACACAGCACCUGCCACGCUGAGCCUGGAAGCUCAGCUUCCCCAACAUGUCAGAGCACAUAGCCCCUGCGUCCUGUGCCUCCACCAGCCCAAGUCCCCUUUACUUCAGUCAGGUGAAGCCAGGUCACUGUGAGCUCCCCGGAGCAGCCAGAAGGAAUGUGGAGAAGACGGGCAUAAACUCUUCUCUCUCCCUGCCUGGAGGCCCCACCUUCAGUGCUUUCCAGAAUCCAUGUCACCUGAUUAACCAAGGUGUUUGCUUCUCUUAGUUGACUGAUCAGAGCCACCAAGCGGAGGUGGUCUUUUUAAAUACAUAUAGAACCAAAGAAAAAAAUUAAAAAAUAAACUCUUUUGAAGUUUUCAUACAGUGUGUCAUUGUGGGAGUCAGUCCUCAUUGAGCCAAGCUUAAGAAGCCCGCACUUCCAGGUGGUGCUGCAAGUUUGGUCAGUGGCAUCAGAGACUCUGCGUUGGCAGGAGCACCACCCUCCACCUCUGUUCUCCUUUCCAUAAUGGCAACAACCACCCCGUCUCACCUCCCUCGCUGGGGUCUGUGAUCCUCAAAGGAGCGGCUACACGGGGGAGACUGGCUCUGACCUGUUUGUCUUCUCACCUGGGAGGGUUCACACAGCCAUUUCUCAUGAGGGUCAUGAUUUUCCAGAGGCCUCCUGGUCCACACCAGCCUUCCUCACAGUUUACUCUUCCUGCACUUGAUGGGACUGCCAUAAACUUCACUUCUCAGAACUUCAGGGUUUUUAUCUGUGAAAUGGGUCAGCAGCCCUGCCUGUUCUCUCUCUUCCAGCGUUUGUGGGGAUCAAAGGAGGUGAGGGGGCAGCAUGGCCCAGUGGACUUAAUAUAUAAGAAAACCCAGAUCCAAACGCAACUCUAAACCUGAUGUCCUGUUAUGCCUCAGCCUCGUUUAAAAAUAGAAACAUCCUGCCUGGCCCUGCCCAGCUUAUGGGGCUUCAUGAAGCCCAAACACAAUAAUGAAGUACAAGUUCUUUGUAUGUGCAAGAGCUUCUUGCCAUGGGUGGCAGGCUACAAACAUGCUAGGACUUCUUUUUCUGUUCUCAUUGCCGUUGGAUUGCCUGUCAUGGAGACAGACUUGAUUUCCCUCAACAAGUAUGUGAGGAGUAAACGUCUGUCCUAACAAAUUAUGGGGACCUCUGCCUCCAAGCCGGUGUCCUGGCAGAUAACAUCUUCAUCUCUACUCAGGGCUGGGCGGGAUGUUUCUAUUUUCAAAUGAGGCUGAGGCAUGACAGGAUACCAGGUUUAGAGCUGCAUUUGGAUCUGGGUUUUCUGACAUAUUAAGUCACUGAACUGAAGGGAUUUGUGGACAAACUUCUAGAAGCGGCCACUAUUACUCUUUAAUUGCUUAUUUCUGAUGAGCAGAGGCAAUACUUUCUGCAAACAUCGUGAGACACAGCCAUUCUCCCAGCAGAGCUUUAUUGAGACUUGUAUGUGUUAUCCACUGUGCUGGACAUUAGGGGUGGACAGGCAGGAUGGGCUCCCUGCCCUUGAGAAAGUUCAGUGGGGGUAACAGGGACGUGAGUAGAUCAUUACAAUUGAUGAGUAACAGAAACUCCUAGACACCACAGGCUCCGAGACCAUCCAGUGAAGCAGGGAGGGCUUUGAGGAAAAGGUGCCAUUUAAGCUCAGCCUUACAAUGUUUUGGAAUGCAGAGGACGGGUGUGGGGAGAGUAAACACACGAGAUGGGAAACAGUCUUGGCCACAGGCAGGGUCUGUGGGGAGAAGGCCAGCCCUUGGUGAAUCACCGAUGCCAACCCCGAUAAUGCCCCAGGGGGUAAGCACAGAGCAGGGUGGCAGGUCACAGAAGGCCAUUGUCCCCACAGGUGAUCCCCCAACAACCCUGGGCAGAAGGGACAACUAUUACUUAUGCCUUUAAUUGCUCAUUUCUGAUUGGAAGGAAUACAUACUCAUUACAGAGAAACUAAAAAAGGAAUACACAGAAGAAAGUAAAUCAGCUCAUAAGCCUGGUGUCCCAAGAGCACUACUAUGAACGUUUUACUAAAUUUUCUUUGUCCUUUUGAUGGGUAGAUACAAACAUAUACACAUAACCCAUAUACUUAAAAAAAAAAAAAAAAGAAUUAGAA